AUGUCAGUGUCUCCUUCUCCCUCCGUCUCCUUCUCCUACGGGCCACCCUUGAACACCAACAACAAUGGACUAGACAUAUUCACCAAGGUCUUCCUGUUGCUCAUCUUUUUCACUCUCUUCGUUCGUGUCUGUUACGUGUACAUGAACAUGCGACGAGAACAAAACGGCAACGACAACGUAAGCAACAGCAUCGAUUCCAUGAUCCAUAAUGAUCAAAAUGAUAACCUCACCGGGCUACCCUAUGACGUCAUAAAGUCCUACCGCACUUUCCCUUACAGCAAAACCGAUAGUGUUGUGGGAACAACGUGCGACCAUGACACCACGUGCGCCAUAUGUAUUGAGGAUUACGAGGAAUCGGAGAUGCUGAGGGUGUUGCCGCAAUGCCGCCACUACUUUCACCGAGACUGCGUCGACGCAUGGCUGAAGGUUAAUGCCACGUGUCCCGUUUGUAGGCACUCGCUCAUGAAAACUGGAAGCAAUAAUAAUAUUAACCAUAACAGUGUCAUUAACAAUGCCUUAGAACGUGUCUAA